AUGCCAAAUCGAGGGAAGAAGAGGAAGGUUGGUCCUAACGUUACUCAGAGAGCGACAGGGGCAACACCAAAUCGACGGCCUAAUACUCUGCCUAGUCGGUACAACUUCACGCCGGCGGGACAAGAUCCUCCUCCUCUGCAGACGCCUGAAGCACAAGUCGGCAGUUUGCAACGACAGUCUCCAGCCCAGAUCCGGAACUAUACUCCGCCGCAACAACUUUUUCAGAACUCAUCUACACAUCCACCUCCACCCAAGCUACACCGGACUCCUUCAGAAGAAGUCCACUUCAAUCCACGGACUCAGGGGAGAAGUCAUGAUGUCUCUCCGCCUUCUCCAGUUCGACCCUCUCAAACUCAGGCGAGACUUCAGGUGAGAAGUCAGGCCAGAAGUCGGGAAGUCUCUCCGCCUUCUCCAGUUCGACCCUCACAACCUCAGGCGAGAAGUCAGUCGCAUCCAUCGCAUCCAUCAUCUCAAGGGAACAACUUUGAAGAAGAAUCUUCUCCGGUGUUGCCCGAACUACAGUCCGAUGUGUUGCGUGCUCUAAAUGCAUUGCUUGUGGUUCCAGACAGGGAUCAGUUCACCACUGUCCUCUCUCCCACACCCGCACCGAACACCCAAUGCUUCUAA